AUGGCUUCACGAACCCUCGAGACGCGCUUCGAGCGCAUGACUGUGCAGGAUGAGAACGAUCACGCCGAGGGUGCGAAGCACUACGUAAAGGGCAAGACCAUCGUCACAUCGGCAUCAGGACAGCUGCCGCAUGGAAACAGCCGGACAAACCUUUUCAAGGUUGCACUUCAGUCCCAAAGUCACAAUACCGUUGCUUCUGUGACGCUCCCAUCACAAGCUGCUCAACGGAAGAUCAACAACCCUGGAUCACCUACUCGCAAGCCUCUCCCAUCAGCAGGAUCAGCACGCACGUCAGAAGAAGGCACAGAGGAAGCCGCCAAAGCCUUGGUCGAGCAGCCCAGCCUACCAAAGCAAUUCCACCUGGGAAUGUUCGAAAUCGGCCGCCCCCUCGGCAAAGGUAAAUUCGGACGAGUCUAUCUUGCCAGAGAGCGUACCACAGGCUUCAUCUGCGCCCUGAAAGUGCUGCACAAGAACGAAAUUCAGGGCGGAGGCGUCGAGCGCCAGGUCCGUCGAGAGAUUGAAAUCCAGAGCAACCUCCGCCACCCUAAUAUCCUGCAAAUGUUCGGCCACUUCCACGACAAUAAGCGCAUUUUUCUGAUCCUCGAGUUUGCCGGGAAGGGUGAGCUGUAUAAGCAUCUGCGGAGGGAGAACCGUUUCCCGGAGUGGAAGUCGGCGCAGUAUAUUGCGCAGAUGGCGUCGGCGUUGAGGUAUUUGCACCGCAAGCAUGUUAUUCACAGGGAUAUCAAACCUGAGAACAUCUUGAUGGGCAUCCAUGGCGAGAUUAAGAUUUCGGACUUUGGGUGGAGUGUGCACGCUCCUAAUAAUAGGAGGAAGACUAUGUGCGGCACGCUGGAUUAUCUGCCGCCUGAGAUGAUUAAGCCUGGCUCGUCGGAUAACUAUUACAAUGAGAAGGUGGACUUGUGGAGUUUGGGUGUUUUGACGUAUGAGUUUCUUGUUGGAGAGGCUCCGUUUGAGGAUACGCCUGUCAUGACGCAGAGGAGGAUUCAAAGGGCGGAUAUGUCUAUUCCGUCGUUUGUUAGCUCGGAGGCUGCUGAUCUUAUCAAGAGGCUCCUUGUUCUUGAUCCUGAGAAGCGAAUCUCUCUUGAGCAGGUCCAAGUUCACCCUUGGAUUUUGAAACACUGCGUCAAGGGAGAGCGGAAGAGCAACCGUGAAAGGGGGCAAUAG